UCCUUUGGCCUGCUGGUGUCUUCAUGCUGCUGUAGAGACCCAGCGAUGGACCAACAAGGACCCUGAGGGUGAAGUGUGCGUCUAGUCCUAACCGGUCUGCAGCUUCCUGAAGGCCUUCAAGUGUCGCUGAGAGGGCUGCUAGAGGUCGUGCGCUCAUGGCUCUGCAGGAGUUUGGCGUCAGCCUGACCAUGAUAGGCGUGGCGGGCACCAUCUUGAUCUGCGCCCUGCCCAUGUGGAAGGUGACGGCCUUCAUCGGGACACGCCUGGUGGUCAUGCAGGUGUUCUGGGAGGGUCUGUGGAUGACGUGUGUCAGCGAGUACACGGGUCAGAUGCAGUGCAAGCUCUACGACGCCCUCCUGGAUCUGUCGCCCGACCUGCAGGCGGCGCGCGGCCUCGUCUGCGUCAGCCUGGUGCUGGGAUGUCUCGCCUUCCUCGUCUUCCUGCUGGGGGCCCGCUGCACCAAGUGCCUGAGCCACCCCGGCGUCAAGACCCGAGUGGUGCUGGGGUCAGGGGUCGUCUUCUGCUUGGCGGCCCUGGCCUCGCUGGUGGCGGUGUCCUGGACGGCCAACAACGUCAUCAGAGACUUCCACAACCCCCGCGUCCCUGAGGUGCUCAAGAGGGAGCUUGGGGCGGCCAUUUAUAUUGGCUUUGUCACAUCUGGCCUGAUGCUGUGUGGGGGGGUCAUUCUGUGUGCAAGCAGGCCGUCGCCGAGGACCACCUUCCAUUCCAGUGGGUACACGCCAGCCAGGACUUCCACACACAGCGGCUACGCCAUCAAGAACUACGUCUGACCUAAACCACUUUAACAACUUGUCUCCUCAGACUAGGGCUGUAAGGUAUACUAGUACUAAUCAAGCACCGCGGUACUAUUGAAUUAAAAAAAGGUACUAUACAGCCUUUGAUGGCGCGCCGAGGCACACCAAUCAACACAACACAGACCACCUGCUAGCUAGUUGACGCACGACAUGCGCCUUGGCGCACCAUCAAAGGUCGUAUAGUAGCUAGCCAGUAACUAGUAGGGGUGUUAAAAAAGAAAUAGAUUUUCGAAUUAAUCUCGAUUCCUAUUUUUU